AUGAAGUCCGCGGUGCUGAAGACGUUGCUGGUGCUCACAUUCGGCAUUGGCUCUGAUCAGGCAUUGGCGUUGAAUGAGAAAAUCAAAGCAGAGUACCGAGAAGCCUGUCCGGAAUAUGUUGAAUACUCGAAAUAUCCACACGAACCUCUCAGCAACGGUCCUCUCCGACUUCCCUUUCAACGGCCGGCAGCAGCAUGUCGGACAUUUGAGUCGGACGUGGUCGAGAAGACCAUUCGAGAUUUGAAUUCUUCCAUGCUUGAUCGGGAUCUCGCGAGAAUCUUUGAAAACGCUUUCCCCAACACCCUCGACACGACGGUUCGAUGGCAUGUCGAUGGCGUCAAAGACAAAGUUACCACUCGUAGCCAAGAUGAAGACGCCUGGAAAGGCGCUCAGAGCUUUAUUGUGACCGGCGACAUCAACGCUGAAUGGCUUCGCGAUAGUACCAAUCAACUGGCGCAGUAUCAGCGUCUCGCAGCCAAGGACAAGAAGAUUCAUAAUCUCAUCCUUGGAGCCAUCAAUACACAAGCGGAGUAUGUCAUCGCAUCACCCUAUUGCAAUGCUUUCCAACCACCGGCUCCAAGUAACCUCGAACCUACGAACAACGGUCAAGGCGAUGAUGUCCACCCCGCUUACGAACCACACACCGUUUUCGAAUGUAAAUACGAACUCGACUCCCUCGCAGCUUUUCUUUCCCUCUCGAACCAAUUCUACACCCACACCGGCUCAACCGCCUUCCUGACACCCCGCUGGCAUCUCGCCCUCAAAAGUCUCCUCCGCGUCCUCAACGAACAAAGCCAACCGACCUUCGACAAGGACACGGGCCACUACUUCCCCCAACUCUACACCUUCCAGCGCACCACCAACAUCGCCACGGAAACCCUACCUCUCGCCGGCAACGGCAACCCCCUAAACUGGGACACAAACCUCGUCCGCUCUGCCUUCCGCCCCAGCGACGACGCCACAAUUUUCGGCUUCCUGAUCCCGUCCAACGCCAUGAUCGCCGUAGAGCUCAAACGUACCGGCGCCAUGCUCACCAGCGCUGGCCAACCCCAAGUCGGAUCCGAGCUCACCCGGCGCGGGAAACUAAUCGAGACCGGCAUCUGGACCCACGGCGUGAUCAACCACCCCACACACGGUAAAGUCUUCGCCUUUGAAGUCGACGGCUACGGCAGUAGUCUCAUCAUGGAUGACGCCAACCUUCCAUCGCUGCUCUCCUUGCCGCUUCUCGGCUUCUGCAAGCCCAACGAUCCCGUCUACCUCGCCACCCGCCGGAUGAUCCUCAGCAAGUUCGGUAAUCCCUACUAUCUCACCGGAGACAUCUUCACGGGUAUCGGCGGCCCGCACAUCGGACUCCGGAAUGCCUGGCCGAUGUCCGUCCUGACCCAGAUCAUGACGAGUGAUAAUAAUACUGAAAUCCGCAGCUUAUUGGAAAUGGUGAAGAAGGUCAGUCCCCUGGGCCUUAUCCAUGAGAGUGUGGAUGUGGAUCUUCCUGGCCGGUAUACGAGGAGUUGGUUCGCGUGGGCGAACUCGGUCUUUGCGCAGUGCAUUUUGGAUUUGGCGGAGAGGAAGCCUGAGGUGCUGUUUGGGAAGGGUGGCAAGAAAUAUGUUGCUGGUGCGUGA